AUGAUGCUCGCAAUCUGCAACGCAAUUACCGCCUCCUCCGUGCUGUCUGUUGUGGCCGUCGUGCUGUCGAUCUCAAACCUCAAGUGGGAGGAAGCCACAGUGACCGGCUCCGUGCCUCUGCUGCGAGGCCUUCUGACCGUGCCCUUGGAUCCGGCGCCAGAGUCCGAGGAAGUGACACCGAUGAUUGAGCUCGAGGUCUGGGCGUCCAGGCCGACUACCGCGGAGGAGGCUGCACGGGAGCCGCUCCUGCACCACUGCGGUGGGCCCGGAAGUGGAGCAGAAUGCGUGUACCAAAGAAUGUACAAAGAUUCCCUCGGCAAUUUCGAUGGCUACAGCAACUGGGCCAUCUCGCAGCGGGGCAUCGGCCCCAACGCAAACCCGAGCCUCGAGUGCGCGGCGUCCGACAUGCAGCUCCCACCCGACGGCCUCGCUCGUGAGUAUCAGAUUUCCGACUUUACCGCCUGCGACUGUAAGAUGCCGGACGGCUCACCGCUCACCGGCCAGUCGUUUGCUAACAUCAACCCGCUCAACGCGAGCGAGGUCGAGAACGUCUUCGUUCGCAUGCACGAACGCUCGCGCGUGUGUCCGGGGGCGCCCAAGUGGCAACUCACGGGGCCAACCGGCAAGGAGUACGAUUUUCUGCAGUGGGUGGGCACGACGAUGCUCGCACACGACAUCGAGGCCUUCCGCAAUGCGAUCUGCGCGCCACGCAUGCACAUCGACGGCAUUUCCUACGGCACUGCGGUCGCCUCGACCUAUGCGACAAUCUUCCCGGGCACCACUGGGCGAGUCGUGCUCAAUGGCAAUAUGCCACCGGACGUCGACACAAUGGAGUUUGGCACGACGAACGCAGGCGCCAUGCAGCAGGCUGUCGCUUACCUGGGGAGGCUGUGUGCGACGGCAACGUACGCCCAGAACAGUUUUUGCGCGUGGUUGGCGGCGGAAGGCUCGUUCGGCGAGUACGACGGCGCUCGUGUGCUGUCGCGUUUCAAGGAGCUCAAGAUCAGCGCGCCGACGAGAAGCGGCGAGCCCUUUUUCCUCACCCCCGGGCUACUGGGUGGCUACCUCCAGGAGAAAAUGAUCGAGGCUGGGUUCGUGCCAAAGGGAUGGGCUCCCGUGCUCGAAGUCCUGCAAGCCCUCUUCCCGCUCGCUGCGGGCGGCGACACGGCCACGUCUCAGGCGGCCGAAAUCUUCGAUCACUACUGCCGCCUGCCUAAGAUCGAUCCGGAAGCGCCAAUCUACACAGAGGCCGUUGCGACCUGGUCCGGCAAGCGAACCUGGUACGAGUACGGUGUGUGCAUCGGCCCGCAGCAGGUGGGGCUGUCCGAUUGGACGUGUCCCUAUCCAAGACUGCUGGGUAAUCCCACGUGGAGCCAGUGGGCAUGCCGUCCGGAAGUGAACGGCUUCAUGAACGAGGCUGCCGUGAUCGGGCUCGAUUAUGAUGGACGCUACACGGUCACCCAGGCCAUGGGCACGUGGCAGGCCUUGGUGACGUCUUCAGGAGCAGACCGCGACGGAGGAAGUGAGCUCGCAGUCGGCGCUUUCGUGGGGAUUACCGCCAACAUCUUCGCCUGGGGCGAGCUCUCGACACCGUGCCCCGUCGCGUUUCGCGGCGACGUGAGCGCACUCAUUGUGGGCAAUCUUUACGACCCCGCGACGAGCUACACGUGGACGAAGCGAAUGCGCCACGCCUUUCCGCACGCUGUGAUGAUGACAUGGCAGGGCGUCGGCCAUACGGCGUCGGCAGGGGGGAACUAUCCCGACAGCGGCAUCAUGGGCUGCAUCCGCCGCAUCUCGGCCUACUGGAAGAACGGCACCCUGCCCGACGACGGCUACGUGUGUCACCAAACCGCCGCCGUGCCGCUUCAGCAGUCAGCAGUGCAUGUCUGA